AGAGAGCGGCCGCACAGACAAUCUGAUCCGAACAUAAAGUGAAUUUUUAAUACAAAUAAACACUGAACACACGCGACAUUUAUUCUAUACUCGUGUACAAGGUCAAAUGAAGACUUCACUGCUUUGUUGAAGGUUAACAGUGCGGUUACGUUGUUAUUGUUGUGGAGGUUUUGGCGGAGUUGACUAGCUGAAGUACCGGAUGGUGGCGGUGAUGCUGGCGGCCGUCGGGGACCCUGCUGCUGACGGGCCUUUAGCCUCCACGCCGCUGAAAGCUCCGAGUAUGGAUUGCAUCGACAAAGCCAGUACUGCAACAAAGAAGCUCGUUCAAGCUCGUCUUCCCUUUAAAAGGCUUAAUCCAGAACCCAAGGACAACAGGGAGACCAAAAGAAGCAAAACUCUGCCAUCGGCUCCUCCAGCUUUUGAAACUUGUGCUUCUGAUGGGGAGAAUGAAGUGGACACUCCCUCUCUUUCACUGCCACCCAAAAUUGCUUUGAAAAAUGGACGUGGCCCUCUUGAUGGUUUUAUGAGGCGGACCAAGUGUCCUCCAGUUAUUUCUGCUUCUUCUGCUGUUAUUGACCUCACAGAGGACUCUAAUUCCAAUGAUGUUACCAAGACACAGCCUUGUGCUCCUGUAAAGGCCCUGCACCCUUCUAAUGACAAAGCUGCAAAUGAAACCCAGAAUGUUGCACAGACAAAGGAACCUGAACUGGCCGCUGCUGUUUCCCAGUUGUCAGAAGAAAACAUGGUUGUGGAUGAAGCAGAGGAUAGUGCCGCAUUAUCACAGUUGGACAGCACUAUAGAAUCUGAAAUUGAGACUGAGCAGGAUCAGAAGGCUGAGGAAAGUCAAUGUGAUGAAUCUCUACAAUCGCCGGUAUCUAGCAGCUCUAACUCACUGAUUGAGAGUUCACCAGAGCCCAGCAAGAGCACACCAACCACUCCAGUGCCAGGGAUAAACUCUGAGCAAAAAGCAAAAAGACGAUCUCUAAAGAGUGCUCAAGAACUGGAGGAGAAAAAACGACAGAAGGAGGACAAAGAACGAGAGAAACAAGAGGCCAAAGCUGCCAAAGACAAAAAAAGAGAGGAAGCGCAGAGACAGAGAGAAGAGCUCAAGAAAGAGAAACAAGAGAAGAAAGAGAGGGAGGAGAAAGAACGACGGGAGAAAAAGGAAGAGAAGGCUGAAAUACAAAGGGCAAAAGAAGAGCAACGUAAAGUGAAAAUCGAAGCUAAACUUGAAGAAAAGAGAAAGAAAGAAGAGGAGAAAAGGGUGAAAGAGGAGAAAGAGCGAAUCAAAGCAGAAAAAGCUGUGAUUACACGAUUUCUACAGAAACCCAAGGCUCAAUUAGCACCAAAGACCUUGGCUUCUGUUUGUGGAAAGUUUGCACCAUUUGAAAUCAAAGAUUUUAUGACUUUGGCACCAGUCAACCGUGUACAAUGUGAAGAUGAAGCUCUUGAGACGCUGGAUAGAUACCUGGUGGAACCUGACUGCAAUUUUGACUGCUUAAAAGACUGGCUCACCCGUAAACACCUAAAGUCAGGAGCAACCAAAUCCAGACAUGUGGACUCUGUGAGUGGGGAAUGUGUAGUGGUUGAUGAAGACACGAAAACAGAUAGUAUUCCAGACCACAAAUGUUAUGGACGCAUGAAGCUUUUGCAGUUUUGUGAAAACUAUCGCCCUGCCUACUGGGGAACGUGGAGGAAAAAAAGUACCCACAUAUCACCUCGCUGCCCUUCGAGGAAGGACAAGGAUGUGUUGGAUUAUGAGGUUGACAGUGAUGAUGAAUGGGAAGAGGAGGAACCAGGAGAGUCUCUGUCACAUAGUGAAGGGGAUGAUGAUGAUGAUGGUGAUGAUGAUGAGGAAGACGAUGGCUUUUUUGUACCACAUGGUUAUCUUUCAGAUGGAGAAGGAGCGCUUGAAGAUGAGGAGGGCGGUGACCUUGAGAAACAGAAGGUCCGUCAGAAGCUAAAGGCUCGAGAGUGGGACGAGCUGAUGGCUAAACGGAAACUGAAAGUGCUGGAGGCAGUCGUGACGGGCUGUGUGUGGGAUGGUGAAGCACCACCCUCAGACGUUCUGCAGCCCUAUGCAGUCUGCAUACUGGAACCACUGCACAACGACGAGCCCAACACACCUGAAGAAAAAGCCUCAAAGCAACAAAGAAACGAGCAGCUGCUUGCUAAGCUGCUACCCUUACUGCAUGGUAAUGUCAACAGCAGUAAGGUGAUUAUCACAGAGUUCCAGGAGUUCUGUCGGCAGCAAAUGUCCUCACCAGCCUGCAGUCCUCAGAGCUCUGCAGACAACAUUCCACCCAGGAUUCAUGUAAAACGCCUCAUGAAACAGAAUGCUGUCUAUGAAAAGCGCUCGACCUACAGACGCUGCUGUUGGUAUGUGCACCCUGAAGUGCUGCUGCGUUUCGGACAGGAUGCUCUUCCAGUGCCCUGCCAGUGGACCUACAUUACCUCUGGAGCGCAUGUGACUCGAGAAGAACCCACUCAGGGCUUACAAAACUCCUCACCCAUAGCCCAGUCCACUUCCACCACUCCCUUCAACAGACGGAAGAGCGGCAGCAACCAGUCCAUCACCAAGUACAUGAAGAAAUGUAGCGAACCUGAGCAGGCUGAGGCAAUGGAAACAGAUGGCUUUCAGGCUGACACUGAGGACGAUGACGACGAUGACUGUGUUAUUUUGAGUGAACAGUCCGGAUCCCCUGAACAGAACAAGACAGAAUCAAAGGCUGCAGAACCCAUAGACACGGUCCUCUCCCUCCCCUGCCCCACACCAGCUACUGCCUAAGGCACAACACACACUUUUUCAGUGUAUCUGAGUGUUUGUAUGUGGAGGUAAACACUCCUAACCUACAAUCACAGGUAAUACACAGUAUUAAGGCCCAUCAAAAAAGCAGUCCUGAUGAAAUGAAGCAUUUGCUGGUUUGCUGUAAUAUUUAAGUUGUGACCUCUAACAAGGAUUAUCGGAAGAAGCAGCUAUGGUUUAAUGAGUGGUGGUGGGCUUACUGUAAAUAGACUGUCUAGGGCUCUGAUGGUCCCCAGUGGUACAACACGUCUUCAGACAUCACAAUUUUGUACUUAAAGCUCAGUGUAAGCCCCUUUAUUAAAUACAUAAAGUAUAUAUUUUUGUCUUUUUCAGAAUACUUGAACUGUUUUAUUUCAUUAAACAUAAUUGUUGACAGUG